AUUGAUUCCCUUCCCCGACAACAAUAUUCUCCAGUGGAAAAUUCCCACCUUGGACUUUUCCAAGCCAACCCCAAGACCAUCAACAUUUUCAAUAUGCCCACUUCCACUCUUCUUCUUUCUGCUCUGGCCCUCUCCCUUGCCAGCCAAUCCAUGGCGGACACGGUAGUCAUAGUCAAUGGCGCCACCCUCACCGGCAACGCCCAGGCUGAAAGCGGUAAAAACAGACUUAUCGGCACGAAAUGCCCAGGCGUGCUGCAAGUUACUGGCGACAAUGACGGUCACUGCUGCGUCGGCGGGACUUUGAACCUCAGCACCUGCAAGGGCUGGCCACUCUGCAGUGGCCGUCAGACUGCAGCUCCCGAGCCGACCUCUAUCAGCUGCGCUACCAAGAUCCCUCUGACGGCGAGCGACUACUCCUCCCUGAUUGAGAGUGCGAGCUCCCGGUACUUGAAGGCCAGUGGUGAGGCUGAGCCGUCAUCUACGGGUGAAAGUUCCAUGCCGUUGGCGACCAGCACCGAGGAAACCGACACUGAGGGCACCAGCACUGAGGGCGCAAAUGAUCAGGAGGGUUCAACGAGUUCAGGCGCCAGUCCUGCCGAGACAGGCAAUGGAUCCAUCAUGGAAAAGGUUCCCGGUCUGAUGGCCGGAGUUGUUGGGGGCGUUUUGGCCUUGUGGAUGUCAAUGUAA